GAAGACUUUCUCUCUCCACAACCAUUAUACCAUCGCUUCCACCACCCUUCUCUUCAAAACAAAGACACACACAAAAACACAACACAACUUCAAGAGGAAUGGGAUAGAAAAAAAAAUAUAAAAAAAAUAGAAAAACAAAAAACAAAAACAAAAGGUGGUAGAUGCAUGAGCCACAACACAACACACACAUUAUCUCAUACCACGCUUACCACCUUGUAUUCCCCAAAAUUCCUAUAAUAAUUCCCUUUUUGCCUUUUGCCUCAGAUUUCUCACCACCCCACUUGGAUUUUUUCUCUCCUCUGCUGUGUCACCUUAUCUCACCCUUUCAGUUUUUAAGCUACUCUGCCUCCUAAAUUGAAAGGAAAGUUUUGUAUCACAAGAAGUUGAUCGUUAUGCUUUGAUGCCUUGGUAAGAAGAUUGGAACUAACAAUGGUAAGCUUGAGAAGGCGUAGACUUUUGGGACUAUGCUCAGGCAGCGGUUCAUUUGUCACUCCGCUUCCUCUUUAUUGUGAGAAUCUAACUGGUCCUCAAAAUUCAACGCGGCAUGCGAAACCUAAGAGUGAACAAACUGUGCCUUCAGAUGAUGCAAGCAUCCUGGACAGUAAUACCAUUGUGCAAGAAGAGCCAGGAUCAUCAAAUGUUUCUGGUUCCAGCUCAUCGAAAGAGCAGCUUAUUCAACAAAUCACAGCAGGACCUCCUAUUAAACGUAGAAAGCGACAUAGAAGAAAAAAUUUGCACAAUCAAGAACCAUGUUUGAUGAGAGGUGUCUACUUCAAAAAUAUGAAGUGGCAGGCAGCAAUAAAAGUGGACAAGAAACAGAUCCACCUAGGGACUGUUGGGUCACAAGAAGAUGCUGCUCACUUAUAUGACAGGGCUGCUUUCAUGUGUGGGAGAGAGCCCAAUUUCGAGCUUCCCGAGGAAGAGAAGCGUGAACUGCGGAAAUUCAAAUGGGAUGAAUUCUUGGAAGUAACUCGACAGGCAAUUACGCGUAAAAAACACAAGAGGAGGCUUAGUCCAGGACCGCGUGAUAGCCUUGAAAUGCCACCAUUGGACAAAGAUGAUUGGGACAGUAAGCAAGGAGUAAGUGGCUUCUCUGCUUGUGAAGAAGAUGCAGAAUAGGAAACAUCAGUCUCUUAAAAAUUAUGAUUCAGAGAAGUAAAGAGUGAAGAUGAAAACCUCAAGUUCUAACCGUUCAACUCUACUUGCUAGAUCAAUUUUUACUGUAGAAAGAGCCAGCAUUAUGUUAGACCUUGAUAGCAUUGAUUAUCCUUAAGAUAUGCAAAUUGCUACACGUUAACACAAUAAAGAGUCUCAUGUUAGACAUUUCAACUAUCAGCUGUUGGAAUCAUUUAUGAGUCCCUCGAACUAGUACAAUGUUAUUUUCUUCUUCCACUAGGUGGAAAUAAUUAUGUUCCCCUUCAACUUGCAGUUUCUAUAUGAAUUUUUUCUCAAGCAGCUGAUUGGUAUG